UCGGCUUCCGGACGGCUGAGAUAUCAAUUUGUCCUCACUCUGUUCUGUGGCUUCUCAAAACCAGAUCUGAAAAUUGUAAAAGCAAAUGACAAGUAGAGUUUUGACUAGUGCCUGAUGACACUUGAGGGAAAUACUCUGUUUCAGUUUCCAUCAUAAUUUUUUUUUGCACAUUUAAAUUGACCUCUUUCGUCUUAAGCAACGUUCCUCGAAUGAUCCAUGAACCACAAGAUCACCUGGGAGGAGCGGGGGGCUAUUUUGACGGCAGAAUCAAAGUAUUCAAAGUACAUGCGCGCUUGUUGGUUUCGAAAUCGAAAGAUUGUUUACAAAUUGGCUUAAUUGGUGUUAAGGACAUCUAUACGAACCAUGUUAAAGCCAAGGCCUGUACAAAUGUACUGAAAUGAUAAGUACACAGCUUAUUCCUGUGAUCUGGUUUUUGUUAUGAAGUAUUCUUUGGAAAUUUGGUUUUGAGAAUCGACACUCCAUAUUAUUCGACAGAUUAAAAUUACUUUAUCUUAGAUUACAUGAUAUCAACCUCAUGAAAUAUUUUGAGUGUAGCCUAUUCAUUGCAAUCUGCUUUGGAUUUGAAGCAGAAAAAAAGUUUGUGAACUAGACUUUGUGUACACUAGACAAUGGCUGUAAAUUGCUGCUUCAUAAAAGGCAAAUACGAUUCCCAUGAUGAGUUCCUUCAGGCAUUGAAAGCAUUUGAAAGCCAAACAUUCACAGUGUUCAAUGUGCGGAAGUCAGAAAGUGCUACAACAGCCAAUGCAAGUCGAAAACUAUUUAGUAAAAGCCCCAUACCUGCUCGUUUCAAGAUUUACCGAGCAUUUUACACUUGUUCACACUAUGGCACAUACAAGAGCAGGUCAAAAGGAAUUAUGAAGAAAACCUCCUCAAGAGCCAGUGGCUGCCCGGCAUGUUUCACCGUCAUGUACAGCCACCAGCUAUGCAAGCUCUACAUUCUCAGUGGCAAGUUGGAGCACAACCACGAAGCUAAUGAGGCGACUUAUGCUCGCCAGUACAAAGUCAAACGAUUAUCUGAGGAGGAGGUGCAGUCGUUGAAGGAAAUGUUUGGUGAGGACCAGUGUCCCAGCAACGACCAGCUGCUCAAGGUCAUCCAGGGCACGUUUGGGCGAGCCUUCAGCCCACGGGACGUGAGAGACUUGAAGUACCGCUGGAAGCCCAGAGUUGACCAAGAUCGACAGGCGGAGCGACCGACGGAGCGCAGCGUGCGGGCGUGGUUCACCGACGUGGAGAGACAAGUGGCGGCCAUCGACACCGCCACGGUGCACCAGGACCCCGCCAGGAUUUUCUGCUGUGACGACACGUGGUACCCUCUCGGGGGUCACGGGGAACAGAUGGUGGCCUUCAAUAGCAGGAAAACUUUGUGUGAGGGCUGGAGCGACCCCGACAGGCGUAUCUCUGUGCUGGUGUGUGGCUCGGCCAGAGGCCACGUCCUUGACCCACUUCUCAUCUACCGGGGCCGACUGUUCAGCUACAACCCGCGGCAGGGCUUCCCCUCGGCUCACUUCACUCAGUCGCCCAGCGGCCGCGUGGACGGGGAGAUAUUUGAGAGCUGGCUGCGGCAGGUGUUUGUUCCACACGUGGACGCCUGGAGGAAGCCUGUCAUCUUGGUGGUGGAGGAACACAAGGUCACGCCCAGGGUCAAGGACCUGUGUCGGCAGAACCAGGUCAUCGUGUACCCCCUUCCCCGAGGCUCGGCCCCGCUGCUCCAGCCCCUACAGCUCCUCACCUUCCCCACGCUGCGGCUGACCUUGAACUCGGCCGUGUUGGAACAUCAAGAGACGUUUGGCGUGAGCCCGGGGAAGGAAGAUUUUGCCGCUUUGUUCCGACGGGCGUGGGAUGUGGCGGUGACCCUAGAGGGGCUGACCUCUGGCUUCUGCCAGGCCGGGAUUCAUCCCUGGGACCCGGAGGUCGUAGGUUACUCCAAGUGUCGCAACCACACGUCGACCAUCGCUAGGACAGGGCAGGGCCAGCCUACAGCUUGUCUGGAGUCUCUUCCAAUGAAAACCACAGAUCAGUGUGUGGUCAACAGUUUAUCCCAGGGAACCUGUGUGGUCAACAGUUUAUCCCAGGGAACCUGUGCGGUCAACAGUUUAUCCCAGGGAACCUGUGUGGUCAACAGUUUAUCCCAGGGAACCUCUGUGGUCAACAGGUGUCAGAAGCGUGCACAUAGCCAGCGGUUCAGCCCGUAUGCCUCUGUCCGUGGCUCUCGUGUUUCGCCAGCGACGACCAAAGUGAAUUCUCCGUCACUGCUCGUGUCCCCAUCCUCCCCCUCGCCGCCUCUCACCCUGCUCGUGUCCCCAUCCUCCCCCUCGCCGCCUCUCACCCUGGUCGUGGUUCACCGGCCAGCCUCGACAGUUUCAUCCCGGAGUCAGACGUCGCUCGUCCGGACAACCGGCCACAGUGGGCGCCCUCUAGCAGCGAGGAGCAGCCAGCGUCCAACCUGUCAACCUGUGUGCUGGUGACAGCCGCCAAGUCAUCCAUGUCGGACAAACUGAAUCCUCCACACAGAUUCCCUCGUCCCACGGUCAGUCCGGGUGUGUCUGCCACUGCCACGUCCUCCUCUCUACGACCAACUGGUACACCUGU